GUGUUUCAUAUCAUAGAUUAUAACAAUAUUUUCUCGUGGUGGAUCAUCCUUAUUGGUUGAAUUCAAUAAUCUAAUAUUAUGAAUUAAUAAAUCAUUGGUUCAAUUUUUGAUUAACCUAUAUAUAAUUCAAAUAUGCAGUAGAUCUAGAUCUAUUACAAAUUUCUUUGAAUCAUAUUGGGCAAUUCUUAUUAUGAAUUUACAACUAUUAUUUUUACUAUCUCUAUUUUCUGUUACAUUAAUUUUAUGUGAUAAUGAUAAGGAUGAAGACGUUUUCAUUCCUGAUUCGGAAUGGAAAGAAAUAAAGGAAGGACAAAAAAUUCCAGCCGGUCUUCAUGUCAGAAUAAAUCUUGCAACAGGAAAGAGGGAAGCCAAGUUUCCUGAUGAUGUUGUCCAGAAAAAACAAGCAUUGGUUAUCACUGACAAUGAUCACUUGAAUGAAAAACUUGAAGAUUCAUUCAACAAUAGAAUUCCUAUAGCAGAAAUUAAAGAGUCUUUGAAAAAAAUUAAAAAUGAUGCUAAUAAAGAUAAUUUGGGUAUUUUGAAAACUAAAUAUCGAAGCUAUGAUGAGAUUAAGAGGGAACUAGGUCAUCUUCAACUGACUCCUAAAUUGGAUUCAGAGGUCAUCAGAGAAUUGAUAUUAGAUUUCAAAGAAGAACUGGGUGGAACAAAGAACAAUACAAGAAUGAAAUAUAUACUUGAGGAUUUGGAAUAUCUCUCCCACCAAAUUGAUAAUGCAAUAGAAUUCAUAAAUCAAAAUGGUUUCAAGAUUUUAAUUUACAAUAAUUUAAAUCACACCAAUUAUGAAAUAAAAACCAUGACAUUGAGACUUAUGAGUUCUUUAAUGCAGAAUAAUCCAAAAGUUCAGAUUCAUGCAUUAGAAACAGGUUGUGUAAAUGAACUUCUCAAAGUGCUGAAUUUAGAGAAAAAUCCUGAAGUAAAAUAUCAAACUGUUGGAGCUUUAAGUUCAAUAUUAAGGAGGUUUCCAUUAGCCCAGAGAAAAUUUUUGGAAAAUGGAGGUUUAACUGUAUUCUCAAAGAUAAUUGAGGAAGGCGACAUUAAAAUUAAUGUGAAAUUGGUCACACUUCUUGUAGAUUUAGUGAGCGAACAUCAAUAUUCCUUGAAAAAUGAUGAAGAGGCUUUAAAACAAUAUGAACUCAUCGGUAUAGAAGAUAAGUUGAUUGAAAAUAAUUGGUGCUUUUAUGUUAACAAAUUACUUUAUUCUAUUGUUACUGCUGAUGAAGACAACCAUGAUUUUGUUGAGAAAUGUUUGAAGUCGAUGAGUAUAUUGAGAGAAAAAUGUGCCAUUGGCUAUGAUACAAAGAUACUGAACUAUUUGUACCAAAAAUAUAAUAAGUUGGGCUUGGAUGAUAUUGAUGAAGAUGAGGAAUAUAGUUUGAGUAGCUAUUUUUCAGAAUUGAAGGAUUUGUGUCAUGAUUUAAUGAAAAUUAAUAAAUCAAAACAAAAGACUGAACUCUAAUGCA